AUGACGAUCAACGACGGGAGAAACAGUGCAUACACAAUCCCGACCAACGGCUAUCCGAGCAACGGCACCACCGGCGCCAUUUACAACGAUGGAACCAACGGGAUCAACGGUACAAACGGCUAUAAUGGCAUCGGCGUAAACGGCCCCACCACCGGCGCACCCCAAGCCCAUGAGCCGAUCGCCGUCAUCGGCAUGGGCUGCCGUCUACCGGGCGAAGUCGACAACCCGCACGCGCUGACGCAGCUCUUGAAGCGCGGCGGUGUCGCCCGCAACGAGCCGCCUGAAUCCCGCUUCAGUUUGGACGGCCACCAUGACGGAUCCAAGAAGCCCAAGACGAUGAGGUCUCCGGGUGGCAUGUUCCUGGAGAACAUUGACCCACGUGAGUUCGACGCCGGGUUCUUCCAGGUACCCCGGCUCGAUGCCGUCGCGAUGGACCCGCAGCAGAGACAGCUUCUCGAGGUCGUAUACGAGUGCCUGGAGAAUUCGGGUGUGACGUUGCAAGAGCUGCAAGGGGCGCAGGUUGGGUGCUUCGUCGGUUCCUACGCCGUCGACUACGCCGACAUGCAGGCCCGCGAUCCCGAAGACCGCGCUCCGUCUGUCACGAUUGGCGUCGGCCGGGCUAUUCUAAGCAAUAGGAUCAGUCACUUUCUUAAUAUCAAGGGUCCCAGGUAA